UCUUGUUCCUUACUGCUGUUUAGUCAACAUUGACUUAAUGAUCUGCAUCAUAUCUCUGAUAUCUGGAUAUGUAGAAUCGUAUCGCUGGAUAACCACCCAGCCUUUGUAUUGUCCCCACACAGAUGAAUGGAAUGAUAAAUAUAUAUAUAAAGACUGGGCCAGUCCCUGCCCUGGUCACUGCUCUCAGCGAGAUUCAAGGAGGAGGAAUCAAAGCAGCAGGAAAAUGGGGUUCCUACUCUCUGCCUGCCUCGUGUGCAUGGUGUCCUGCAUUGCAGCUCAGAACAAUAAUCCAACGGAUAAUUUGGCCCUUAGAGGUCGGGCGACCCAGUCUUCUACUUUCUACAAUUACGUUUAUGGCUAUUUAGCGGCGGCGAUCAACGCCAUCGAUGGGAACAUGGACACCAACUUCUAUCAUGGCUCCUGUUCUUACACCAACAACGACAUGUCCCCUUGGUGGCGGGUGGAUUUACUGAAGCCCCAUAAAAUCUCCCAGAUUGUGGUGACCAACAGGGGCGACUGCUGCGGAGAUUUAAUUGACGGGGCUCAGAUUCUCGUUGGGGAUUCGCUGGAAAAUAACGGCAAUAACAAUCCCAGCUGUGCAGAGAUCAAUUACUUGCCCAAUGGAGAGACUCAGUUUUUCGAGUGCAAUGGGAUGGUCGGCCGCUACGUUAAUAUUAUUAUCCCAGGGAAAGAAACGUAUCUCACUCUGUGCGAGGUGCAAGUCUUUGGGGAACCCGUAUCCAAGAAGCCCUCCUGCUCAUGAUGUUCUCCAUGUGUUACUAAACUACAUCUCCCAGCAUGCCUAGCUGAAAUGAGGCUAAUGCUGUUAUACACAUAAACCAGAAUUUGAAAAAAAUCAAUAAAGUUUCAAUGAAUAAA